AUGGACGCUAUUCAAACCAAGAACGCUCCUUCCAGUGACGAGUCCAAGCGCUUGAGUUACGAGGACAAACACUUGAGCGAUGAGGACAAGCACUUGAGCGACGAGGACAGAAACUCUGUCGAGAGACAUGAUACCACCAAGCUGAAGAUCUUCAAUUCUACCGCCAAGUCCUUUGGUGUUAGAAAAUCUGAGAUCUUGUGUGCCCAGUACACGGGUCCUUUCUGGAUCGGUCUUGCCUACUUCACCGUAUUCCUUGUUGCUUAUACCUACGGUUUGGAUGGUACUGUCAGAAAUAUUUUGCAGACCAAUGCCCAGUCUUCCUACUCCCAACACUCGCUUCUUUCUACUGUCAAUGUUAUCAAGACUGUGGUUGCUGCUGCUUCUCAGCCAACUUACGCCAGAAUGUCCGAUACCUUCGGUCGUAUUGAAUUGGUGCUUGUUUCCGUCGUCUUCUACGCCGUUGGUACUGUCAUUUCCUCCCAGGCUUUUGAUGUUCAGCGUUUCGCCGGUGGCUCUGUCCUUUACCAGAUUGGUUACUCUGGUAUCAUUCUUAUGUUGGAGGUCUUCUUGGCCGAUUUGUCCAACUUGAACUGGAGAUUGUUUGCUUCCUUCGUUCCAGCUUUGCCAUUUAUCAUCAACACCUGGGUUGGUGGUGAUGUCAUUGCCGACUUCAACCGUAAGUAUUCCUGGAACUUCGGUAUCGGUAUGUGGGCUUUCAUCUUUCCAUUGGCAUGUGUUCCAUUUUUGGCUUGUUUGAUCCACAUGAGAAUCUUGGCUGGCAACACUCCUGAGUGGAUUCAGGUUUGCCAGGAGGAGGAAGACUACCGUAUUGAAAACAACAGAUUCUACCGUGCUUACGUUGAGAAGUCUGCCGACUACGCUACCAUGCGUUUCUACAAGAGAUGGCCCGCUAAGAUUUGGGGCACCACCAAGUGGGUCUGCUGGGAGCUUACUGACUUGUUCUGGAUUCUUGAUGUCGUUGGUAUCCUUUUCAUCAUUUGUGUUUUCGGUUUCAUCUUGGUUCCUUUCACUCUUGCUGGUGGUGAGCAAAGCACUUGGCAAAAGGCCUCCACCAUUGUGCCUUUGGUCAUUGGUGUUGUUCUCAUCCCAUUCUUCAUCAUCUGGGAAAUGAAGUUUGCCAGGUUCCCAAUCGUUCCUUUCAAGCUUCUCAAGGACCGUGGUGUCUGGGCAUCACUUAUUAUUGCCCUGUUGGUCAACCUUAUUUGGACUUUGCCAAACGACUACAUGUACACUGUCUUGCUUGUCGGUAUGAACACUUCGGACAAGGCUGCCAGCAGAAUCACCUCCUUGUACUCCUUCGUUUCUGUCGUUGUUGGUCCUUUGCUUGGUUUCGUGCUCGUGCUUGUCAGAAGAACCAAGCCUUUCAUUGUCUUCGGUUGUGCCACUUGGUUCCUUGCUACCGGUCUUCUUUACCACUACAGAGGUUCCAAUGACGGUAUCAACGCCGAGAGAGUCAAGGACGGUAUUAUUGGUGCUUUCUGUGUUAUGGGUUUCGGUGCUGGUUUCUUCACUUACACCACUCAGCUUUCCAUCCAAACUUGUACUAACCAUGAGUACAUGGCUGUUGUCCUUUCCCUUUACUUGGCUACUUACAACAUUGGUUCCGCUAUCGGAAACAGUAUCUCUGGCGCCAUCUGGACACAGCUUAUGUACGAUACCAUCGUUAGCAAAAUGCAAGACUUGGGUGUCGAUACUUCUUUGGCAUCUGAAGCAUAUGCUAACCCUAUUGAAUGGUACCCUGAGCACGCAUGGGGCAGUGCUCCAAGAAGAGCCGUUGCCAUGGCUUACGCCCAGGUCCAGAGAAAGAUGUGUAUUGCUGCAAUCUGUUUGUGUGUUCCAUUGUUGGUUGCAGCUCUCCUCUUGAGAAACCACAAGUUGCUCUCUGUCCAGUCUUUGGAUGAGGCUGAUGGUGAUGUUGUUGGUGAGAAGGGUAACAACAAUGAGGACAAGGACAUCAUUGUUGUCAACAACUACGAUGACGAUCCAUUCGUGAAGUUCUUCAUGAAGACCGUCCCAUCUUUCUUCAAGAGAUCCUGA